CCUGAAAGUUGAAACCGUGUGAAGAAAUUGACCCCACACGUGUGAAUGCUAACAUAGAACAAGUAGGGUUUAUACACUCUCGUCCCCUUCACCUCCCCCCUCACAAACCCUAAAUCAAUCAACCAAUCAAUCGAUCCAUAUACACAUAUCACACCAGUCUGCCGUAUUUCAAUCACCCAUCACAACUAAUUUCAAUCCACCAUGUCCGAAACCAUGACCAUACUUAACAGUAAUAAUAUUAUCCUCACACAAAACCCAAUUAGUUUCAAUCAAGAAACCCCAGGUGAUGAUGAAUCUACGGAACCGUCGGCUCCGGUGGAUGUUUUUCCGUUUCGAAGGAUUGAGUUUCAUUUAGCCAGGAAGCCGUUCACCGGGUUUAGUAACGGUGGCGGCGAUGGAAGUUUUCGGCUCGAAACGCUUAACCCGGCUGCGGCGAGUAGUUGUGUGACGAAUGUUGAUGAGCAGAGAGUCGGGUCGGGUCGGAAAAGAGAUGCGGUGGAGAUGGAAAAUGGGUUGGAUCCGGAACUUGGUUUUGGGAUUAGUUUCAGUUUCAGGAGGAUUGGUGCUGGUUUGGAGAAUCUCGGGAACACUUGCUUUCUCAAUUCAGUACUACAAUGUUUAACGUAUACCGAGCCUUUAGCUGCAUAUCUACAAAGUGGAAAGCAUCAAGUUACUUGUCGAAAAUCCGGAUUCUGCGCUUUAUGUGCUAUUCAGAAACACGUCAGUCGGGCAUUACAACUAUCAGGGAGAUCAUUGGCACCUAAGGAUCUGGUUUCAAAUUUGCGUUGUAUAUCUAGGACUUUUAGGAAUUCAAGGCAGGAGGAUGCACAUGAAUACAUGGUAAAUUUGUUGGAGUCGAUGCACAAAUGUUGCUUACCGAAUGGAGUGCCGAGCGAAUCACAAAGUGCGUACGAUAGAAGUUUGGUUCACAAGAUAUUCGGUGGCCGUCUUCGUAGUCAGGUGAAGUGCAUGCAAUGUAACUAUUGUUCCAACAAGUUUGACCCGUUCUUGGACUUAAGUCUCGAAAUUUUGAGAGCUGACACUAUAUACAAGGCGUUUGCGAACUUUACUGCCAAAGAACAGUUAGAUGGUGGGGCUAAGCAAUAUCAGUGUCAGCAGUGCAAGCAAAAAGUCAAAGCUCUCAAACAGCUUACGAUUCACAAGCCCCCAAAUGUUCUAACCGUUCAUCUUAAACGCUUUGGGUCCCACAUGUCAGGUCAAAAAAUCGACAAGAAAAUCCAGUUUGGUCCUACUUUGGACUUGAAACCUUUUGUCACCGGUCCAUAUGAUGGGGAUUUGAAGUACACGCUUUACGGUGUUUUGGUUCAUGCGGGUUGGAGUACACAUUCGGGUCACUAUUACUGCUUUGUUCGGACUUCUAGUGGCAUGUGGUACUCACUUGAUGACAAUCGGGUCUAUCAAGUGAGUGAAAAGAAGGUUUUUGAGCAGAAAGCCUACAUGUUAUUUUACUUUAAAGAUAGAAAAAAUAUUCCAACAAAAAAGACUACGGAUGUUCAUCAUAAAGAUAGGAUUGUGAUGAACGGUCCACUCAAUGGGCCUGGUGCAGCAAGAGAAGCCCAAAUGAAAACGGGCUUAAGUAAUGGGUCAAAAGAGAUCUCAACAAACACCGUUCUUAGUAACGUGUCAAUAAAUGGUCACACGUCUUCCGUUCCCGUUAGUACACAAAAUGGAUCUGGUGCACCGAAAGAGGCUGAAAUUAAAACGGGUUUGAGUGAUGGAUCUUUAAAUGCCGAAACGGCUUUAGUGACUGGUAACGGCAGAAAUGGGUUCACCGCGGUUGCACCAAAAAGGACUCAAACAGACUCCGGUUUAUGUAACGGGUCAUUAAACGGUCAAAAGUCUUCUGCUGCUGCUGAAUCCAUUAGUAAUGGGUUCAGUACUGUUGCAACGGAAGCGACUCAAAAGAAACAAGCUUCAGUUCCAGAAAGUAUCUCAGAGCCCAGUAAAACAGAAGACCAUAUGAAGGAAAUUGGUGGAGGUGAGUCAUCUGGCGGCAACAACCGUGGUAAUGAGAAAGCUGUUGGCGGGAAUACCAACACGAUGGAGCUGCCAGAUUUAUCAAAAACCGAAAGUUCUAUCGAGAAGAAAGCACUCGUUGAGAAAACUGUCAAAACAGAUCCGUCAAAUUUACCAAAAACGGAAAGUUUUCCAGAGAAAAAAGCUCUUGGUGGCAAAACCGAUAAAAAAGUCAAAAACGCUUUGAAGUGUAAGAUAGUCACCAUGAAAUUCAGCUCAAACGUUCUUAUGGGUACAUCGUUAUUGAACAAGAGAAAGAAAAAGAAACAUAAGCGGAACAAGCGGGUCAAGAAUCUUGGUCAAGAGAAUUCGGUCAAUGACGGCCCGUCUUCAUCAGCCAAAACUGAACCACAGGAGUCUGUCAAACCGGUUAAAUCUCCUGCUGAAAACGGACUUAAAGAGAGAGUUGAUAAAGAUGGCGCUGUACCUGCAACGAGUGAUUUGAAUGGUGACUCGACAGGAAGCCAAUCUCACUGUAAAGAAUCAAAGCGUUUGGAAAAUUGUUCAAAAUCGUCGGCACAAAAAAAUCUGGUUCAUAUGCUUACCGUAGGCGAUGAAGGAAACCUCCCUAGGUGGGAUGAAGACGCGUCAGCACCAUUUCAGAAAUUUAGAGAGAACAAGCGUGAUCUCACUAUUGGUUAUAUUGGCGAUGAAUGGGAUGAAGAAUAUGACCGAGGAAAGAGGAAGAAAGUACGGAUCUCAAAAACUGAAUUCGACGGAAAGAACCCGUUUCAAGAUAUUGCGAACGAGAGGCUAAAAUCGCGUAUGGGAAAACAAAAUUUAUCGACAAGACCAUUUACGACCAAGAACAAACACAACGGACAUUUUAAAAAAUCAAGAUCUGGUAACGAGCCUUUCAGGAUACGAAACUGAAAGUGAGCCAAGAUUUUGUUUUCUGAGAAAUUAAGAAUGACAAUACGAGGUAAUUCGUAGUAGUUCUUAUCCGAUCUGUAGAUUUUACGUCGAGUUCCCGAGGUGUGGGAGUACUUUUUUUUAAUAUUUUAAAUUAGGGUUCUGAAUUGAGGUGUUUAUGAUUUAUGUAACUGGUUAAGAUCAUCUGUAUGAUUAUUAUACAAUACCUCUAAUUUUUGAAUA